UGCUGAAGCUCCACCUUUAAAAAAGAUCAAUGCAUGAUGGGAGUGCAUGCACAGUUGUGAUGUCAUAGUCACAUUAUGACAGGCAAAGAUCAAAGGACAUUUAAUUCUUCUGUCUCUUAUAAACCAAUGCUAACCUGCAGUGGACAAACACUGGUUUGUAUUAAUAGUAUAACAUCUUUCAUUGUGUUAUCUUUUAGUUAUUUAGCAGUAACUUUGCCCAUCAACAAAUAUGUCUCAAAGUAACUCUCAUUCCACUAAUUCACCAAUGUUGGAGGACUCUCGCCAUCUCAUUGCUGCAGAGCAGAGAGGACCUCCUGAGCUUGAGAACCGUCAGCAGCAUAUUUCUUGUCGGAGAGUGAGGAGAGGACAGCCUGAGCAACACAUGACGGAGCAUGCAGAGAUCAGGUCCCUACAGUCGAAGGUAAGACAUAUGAAGGCCAAGGAGACCCUCCGGAAAAUAAAAGUAAAAACGUUCAGAGAGGAACAGCUGAGGUUGACUGCCUUGAAGACCUGCCUUACUGAACAGGUGAUCCUUAUCAUGGAGCUGCAUACUAAAGAGGCUGAGGAAAAGAAGGAGAUCCAGUCACAAUUGGAAGAAACAGUGUUGAGAGAAACUCGAGUGACGGAUGAGAACAUACGGCUGGAGGCGUUACUUCACUCAGAAUUAGAAAAUAAGGAGACUGAGAUUACCAGGCUUCAGAAAAUUGUCUGUGAGCUGCAGGAAAAUGAGAAGAUCGAAAAUGAGAAGGUGGCAUGUCUGGAAACUAAAUUAGAAGAAAAACAGACAGAGAAUGAAAGUCUGCAGGGAGGCAUGCUCGACUUACAGGAACAAAAUAAGAGCCUUAGAGACUGCCUCAUUGCUAAACAGGAACAACUUCAGCAUCUGGAGGAACAAUUUCACACAAAGACUGAGCAGCUGACUGAAGACUUGCAGCUUAAUCAGGAAAAUGAGAGGGCUUUGAACAAGCAGGUGACCAGCCUUCAGUCAGCCAAUGAUGAAUACCAAGCAGAGGUUCAGCAGCUGAAAGCUGCAUUGUGUGACAGUGAGCAACGUAUUGAGGAUCAGAGAGGCUGCAGUGAUAAAGUGGCUGAACUUGAAGAACUGAAUGAGAAGAUUCAACUUGAAAAUGAAAACCUUUCAGUGAGAGUCCGUGAGCUGCAGGAAAAUGAGGAGGUGGUAUGUCUUAGAGCUGAAUUAGAGGAAAGACAGGCACAUAAUGAAAGUCUGCAGGCAGAAGUUCGGAGAAUCUAUGAGUUAACAUACGAUGAUAUGAGAGAUAAGGAAAGAAGUCUACAGGAGUUGGUCAGUGAGAAUGCUGAGGCUAAGGAGGACCUGGCUCAGCUCUCAAAACUCUUGUCUGAUGAAAAGACGAUCCUGGAAGAAAGAAACGCUUACAUAAGGAACCUAGAAGAGGACAAGUUGUUUCUAAACAACAAGAACCAAUGUAUGACUGAGGAGCUUGAAUCCCUUCAAUCUAAGAAUACAGUUCUCCAGGAAGCAGUGCAUGCAAUGAGGAGUGAACUGCAAGAAGAAGAGGAGAUCAACAGGACUGACAUGAUACAGAAUCAGAUGCAGGCUGAAUCUUUUAAUGAAGAGAUGCAGAGAGAGAUCCAUCAGUUAAAGUAUGCACUACAAAAGAAAAAGGAGUGGGAAGAAGUUCUGGAAGGAAAUAAUAACGACCUAGUAGAGAAGCUGGCAGAACAAGAGUCUCUGACCAAGAAACAAAGGGAACGUAUUGAUAACUUGAAUUCUAAAAUACAUACCCAAGAGUUGGAACUGGACGAAGCUGAUCUGACAAUCAGUGCGCAAAAUGAGAGUGUCGCAAAGCUAAACAAUGAAAUUGUCAAUAAGCAGGACAUGGCAGACAAUCUGCACGCUCACAACACCAAUCUGAAACAAAGACUGAAUGAGCUUGAAGAACAGCUAGAGGCGAAGCAGGAGGAGGAGAUUCUAGCUGGCAUAAAUUUCGCAGAGGAAUGCAAGCAGGCUGAAAAUGCAGAACAUCUUAACUGGCCACAGGAGGAGGAGACGGACCAAAGCCCCCUUGAGACUACACCAGCUGCUGAAGUUCAGGAAGCAGUGCAUGCAAUGAGGAGUGAACUGCAAGAAGAAGAGGAGAUCAACAGGACUGACAUGUUACAGAAUCAGAUGCAGGCUGAAUCUUUUAAUGAAGAGAUGCAGAGAGAGAUCCAUCAAUUAAGGCAUGCACUACAAAAGACAAAGGAGUGGGAAGAAGUUCUGGAAGGAAAUAAUAACGACCUAGUAGAGAAGCUGGCAGAACAAGAGUCUCUGACCAAGAAACAAAGGGAACGUAUUGAUAACUUGAAUUCUAAAAUACAUACCCAAGAGUUGGAACUGGAUCAAGCUGAUCUGACAAUCAGUGCGCACAAUGAGAGUGUCGCAAAGCUAAACAAUGAAAUUGUCAAUAAGCAGGAAAUCGCAGACAAUCUGCACGCUCACAACACCGAUCUGAAACAAAGACUGAACGAGCUUGAAGAACAGCUAGAGGCGAAGCAGGAGGAGGAGAUUCUAGCUGGCAUAACUUUCACAGAGGAAUGCAAGCAGGCUGAAAAUGCAGAACAUCUGAACCGGCUACAGGAGGAGGAGACGGACCAAAGCCCCCUUGAGACCACACCAGCUGCUGAGGUUCCGAAGACAAGUUCGUGGAGACGCUGUUUUAGAGGCCUACUGAAAGCUGGGAUGUAUGUUGGAGUUGCCUCUGCAUGUACACUUGCUUUAGUGGGUAUUUUGUCCAGUGGAUUGGUUGUUCACAUUAAUUCAAACCCGUACUGUAGCCCGCUGGAUUUCCUCCCCUCCGUGUUGGAACAAUACGUCACCAUAAACAACGCAGGAUGCCCCUUCUAAACAGACAAACUGCUUCCACCUGAGACACAGUUUCCAAUGUCCCCCCCGUCAAAAUGCAAAUUUGGGUUUACCCCAGGAACUCUGGUUUCUCCCAAAAAAACACAAGGUAGUUAGGUAUGAAUGAGAUUAUGUAUGUAUAUAUAUAUAAAUGUAUUAUAAAUACAUAUAUUGCAAAUAAAUGUAUG